AUGACUGUUAGAAUUAACCAUUGGUGUAGCCGUCUUUUGUCGUAUGCAGGUAAAUUACAGUUGGUGAAAAGUGUGGUGUUUGCUAUAACCAAUUAUUGGAUGCAAAUAUUCCUCCUACCCAAGAAGAUCAUUAGGCACAUUGAAAGCAUGUGUAGAAGAUUCAUUUGGGCUGGAAAUGACGAGAAGAGUAAAAGAGCGCCGGUGGCAUGGGACCAUGUGUGUGAUUCGAUUGCAAAUGGUGGAAGGAACAUCAUAGCCUUAGGGGAAUGGAAUAAAGCCACCAUUGGCAAGCUUCUAUGGAGUUUGAGCGAGAAGAAGGAUAAAAUGUGGGCCAAUGAUAUGUAUAACACUCGAAGAAUGUAUCAGCAUCUGCGUGGGGACAAGCCAAGAGUUGAUUGGAGGAGGUUAAUGUACAUAAACAUGGCUAGACCAAGGGCUGUUUUUACUCUUUGGCUGGAAAAUAGAGGCCAUUUAUUCUUGAGUGUGCGAUCACAAAGAAGAUUUGGAAGGAGACUCUCAAUAGGCUUGGGCUGGAGUAUAUCCAUAUUGAUUGGAAUGAGCAUACUGCUUGGCAACAAGCUAAAGGGAAGGGCAACAAAAUGCGCAUUUUCAAAGCUGCGCUGGCUGAAACGGUUUACCACAUUUGGUGGGUGA